AGGCACGUCAGCAACUGAGAGCCACUAAAAAACCAGACAUCCGCAAAAUGCAUCUUCAACUUUCCCCAUCCAAUAUCCACAACGGAUAACAAGACAAGGCCAUGGCCGCCGCCUUCGCCUCCACCUCCUCCGUUCCCCUGUCAACUACAAUCAAUACAUCCCCCAAACUACACAUCACCCAAUUACCCUCCUUAACAAGAUUCCGUCGCCCCCUCACGAAGGUCCACGUGUCAUCAUCAUCAUCAUCCUCAGAAGCGGCAACCACAAAAAAGAAGGAAGAGAGCAUAUUCUUCGACGGCGGAGCCCACUACGGCGACCUGGUGGCGAACCUGGUCCUCGGUUUCACUCUGGUGUGGCUGCCGCUGAGCCUGGCCGCCGUGUUCCGGGCGUUCUUCCUCCGCUACAGGUUCACCGACGUCAGGGUGACCGUGAUUUCCGGGCUGACCGGCCAGGACAGGAGCGACUUCUCGUACGAGGUUGUCAAGGAUGUGCAGGUCGUCCCCAGAUUUAUUGGGGAGUGGGGUGACGUCAUCAUCACCUUGACAGAUGCAACCAAGGUUGAUCUCAGGAGUGUCCCCAAGUUUAGGGAGAUUGCCAAAUACUGCUUGGCUAUGGCUGAUAAACAAACUGCCUAAACCUUUUUCACUUCUUUUUUUUGGGGGGGUUCAAUCUCUCUUUUUUUCUCUCCUUAAUUCUUCAAUCUACAUUUUGUUCUCUCUUGUGGAGUAGUAUUAUAUUAUGUGCUACAUUUCUUAUAAAUUCAUUUUAUGCGCAUGCUCAA